AUGUAUCACUCUUUGGCCUCUGCUCUCCUCAUCUUGUACUUGGUUGCCACCUUCUUUGUCUUGAUCAAGUUCGCUCUUCACCGUCGUCUACGUCGUCCCCUACCUCCUGGCCCUUUGGGGCUUCCCAUCAUCGGCAAUGUAUUACAGAUUCCACAAAAUGUAUCUAUGUGGCUGACCUUCGCUUACUGGGGAAGACGAUAUGGCGACAUCGUACAUCUUUCGAUGUUGGGUCGGUCGACCAUUCUGCUCAGCUCGCCGACCGCUAUACACGAGCUACUUAAGAACCGGAGCGCCAUAUACUCUGAUCGACCACAUACUAUCAUGGCCUGCGAGUUGGUGGGCUGGCAAGAAUUCCUCCCCUUGAGUCCAUAUGGCGAGCGCUCUCGCCAGUUCCGCAAAGUUAUGUCGAGCGUCAUGGGCCCACGAAACGCGGAGAAGCUGCAUAGUAUGCAGGAGCAGAACGCACACCGCUUCGCCUCUAGGCUGCAAGAAUCUCCCGCGAAAGUCCGGUCACAUAUACGAUGGCUGAUAGCGAACACCGCUAUCAAAGUCAUCACUGGGUUCGACGUUGAGACCCUCGACGACCCCCUCGUGCAGUUGGCUGACAAGGCCGUUUUUGAGUUCGGGCUGGCCACAACGCCCGGCGCCCAUCUCGUCGACAUGAUACCCAUCUUGAAAUAUAUGCCCUCCUGGUUUCCCGGGGCCGGUUUUAAGGCUCAAGCCAAAGCGUGGCGUGAAACCGUGAACCACGUACGGGACGAUGCGUACGGACUUGUUAAGGAACAUGUGGCUCAAGAUUCCGCUGCACCAUCGCUGCUCACAAGUCUGUUGCAGAAUAACGUCCAUCCGGACCCGCAACUCGAAAGCAUCUACAGACAUAUAUCAGGGACAGCAUAUACAGCCGCCGUUGAUACAACUGUCGCCGGGAUCGAAUGGUUUUUCCUCGCCAUGACGUUGCAUCCCGAUGUGCAGCGGAAAGCACAAGCAGAGGUCGACGGCGUCAUAGAAACAGGGCGCUUACCAAGCUUUUCCGACCGUCCCAAGCUGCCCUACGUGGAGGCGCUGAUCAAGGAGGUAUACCGAUGGAACCCAGUAGCUCCUCUUGGACUGCCGCAUCGUCUGACGAGAGACGAUGUUUACGAGGGAUAUCACAUUCCGGCAGGCUCCACCGUCAUUGCAAAUAUCUGGGCGGUCUUCCACGACCCAGUAUUGUAUUCUGAGCCCUCCGACUUCAAUCCUGACCGGUUCUUCAACAGGAAGAGCAACUUUCUGAAUCCGGAUCCUCGGUCAUUCGCAUUCGGUUUCGGCAGGCGGCUAUGCCCCGGUAUGCACCUCGCCGACGACAUGUUAUUCAUCACGGUCGUCACGACGCUCGCGGCGUUCAACAUCGAGAAAGCCGUCGACAGAGAUGGCAGGCCCAUCACUCCUGUCGUCCACUGCGAGAAUGGAGUCGUUAGCGCUCCGGGUCCUUUCGAGUGCCGUGUUACCCCUCGCUCGGCGGAAAUGAUGAACCUUCGCGAAGAUGCAUGA